AUGAGGCCACCUCACGCAGCGCUCCUCUUGCUCUUCAUCCUAGCGUACUUCCGCGGUGCCUACUCCAAUGGCAGCCGGAGCCGUUUCACAUCCAUAAUCAGCUUCGGCGACUCCUUCGCCGACACCGGUAAUUUGGUCAUGUGGGCUGAUCCCGUCCUUCCGGGUCUACUACUCAAGAACCUCCCCUACGGCGAGACCUUCUUCGGCCACCCCACUGGACGUGCCACCGACGGCCGCCUUGUGCUGGACUUCAUCGCCGAAGCUCUGGGUCUGCCUUUCGUGCCGCCGUACCUUGACAAGGGGGGCAACUUCUCCGCUGGAGUAAACUUCGCCGUGGCAGGAGCGCCGGCUGUAACCCUGCAAUACCUGCAGGGACAGAAUUUGAUCGUGAACCCUCCUAUCAAUAGUUCCCUCUAUGAUCAGCUCGUGUGGUUCCAGAAACUGAAGCCUUCGCUCUGCAAGGGUCGACAAGGUACUGAUUGCUUCGGGAGCUCCUUGUUUGUCAUGGGAGAGUUUGGAGCAAAUGACUACAGGAGCUUCCUUCUGUCCAACAGGACUGUGGAACAAGCCACAGCUUAUGUUCCCCAAAUCGUUGACAGCGUCUCCCAAGGCGUAGAGGUACUCUAUAUGCUGUGCACAGAAUAGAUGAAAAGUCCAUUCUUCCUUUAAUUCCCACAAUUUACUUCUCCCACAACAUGUUUUUUCUUUUGACUUCAUAUUCCUGAACACAAUACUUGUCUAUCUUAUCGCCUUAUUUUAUACUAGCUACAUGCUGGUUGCGUCGCCAUGACCAUAUCCAAAUCAGUUGGAAAUUUAUGUUCUUGAUUAUGUGGUUCUGGCCUGCAAAAAUUAGACAUUUUUUCAGCAUUCUAGAUGUCAAUGUCUUUCUCCACAAACUUGAUCAAAGUUUGUGAGGUUUGACUUCUAAAUAUAUAUAUAUAUAUAUAUAUGCAAUACAUUAUAUUAUGAAAUGGAAGGAGUACAAAGAAUGGAUAAUAGGUCUAUUCUGUUUGCUAACACUUGUGUAUGACUCAAGAUAAACUGUUGAGUUAGCAAUCCUCUGCGGAUACUAAUCCGGCACGGCGCCAAGUACAUCGUUGUGCCAGACAUCUUCCCACUUGGCUGCGUACCCACAGUGCUCACAAAGCUUGCUAGCCCAAACAAGGUGGAUUACUAUCGGAACGAAUGUCUGAAGAGUGCGAACAGGCUGGGGCGCUACCACAAUUCUCUCCUCCGCCAGCGGAUCAGUGUGCUCCGGCACAAGUACCCCCAUGCGAAGAUCAUUGCCGCUGAGUACUACCGACCCGUCCUUGCGUUUCUAGAUAUGCCGGGGCAUUUUGGUGAGUUGGUCCUUUCUGAUUAAAAUUUAGGUCUUCUGCAGUUCAAAAUUAAAGUAGCGUCACAGGAGCACUCCAGGACUGAACAGUAGCACAACCCUCCUCACCUGUUGUGGUGCCGGAGGACCUCCUUAUAACUAUGACUUCGACUCAGAGUGCGGGCGGCCGGGGGUGAUGGCGUGUGCAGAUCCAUCUCAAGCCCUUCAAUGGGAUGGUUUCCACCUUACGGAGUCUGCCUACUGGGCUGUUGCCGAUGGGUGGCUCCAUGGCCCCUACGCGGAUCCACCGGUAAUGCACAUUGCAUGCUCAUAAUUCGUUUCCUACUGGCCUAAAACACAUGUGUAGUAGAGUUGAAAAUUCAGAUCCACGGGCAUGCAUAAAUUUAUGUCUCUAUAUGUAUUGGCUUGAAGCAAUUAUCGGUUUAACUAAACUAGUGGGACACCCCGUGCAUUUGUGUGUUGAAUUUAAUACAUAUUGUUGUACAAGUUAUUUUCUAUUUUUACCAAUUUUGGUGGAGUCUAUAUCUACAAUACCAAACAUAUAGUCCCUUCGUCUGGAACUACUUGUCACAAAAAUGGAUAAAAAGGGUGUAUCUGGAACUAAAAUACGUCUAGAUACAUCCAUGUCUUCGAUAAGUAAUUCCAGGCAGAGGGAGUACCAUAUAAAAAAUUCAUGAUGAAUCUCAUGGUAGUAAUUUAAUAUUCUAGAUGUUGAUAAAUAUUUCUAUAAUGGUGAAAGUUUAUAAAGUUUGACAUAAAAAACUAAUACACACACUAUAUAUUGGAAUCGAGAGAGUAUUGUAGAGGAACGUCUAGGGGUGCGAGUGGGAGUGAAGCUCCCCUGUGAUACUGAUCAGUAUUGACUUAGGUCAUUGUUGUUAUAUAUGCCUCAUGUAAGCUGCCGUACGGGAUAAGUCCAUCGUUGUAAUCCCCAACGUUUGUAACCUCUUCCAAUAUAGUGAAGGUUUACUAGCUAGCGAAUGUGGUUUUUUUCCCUUUCGUGUUGGAGGGAUUUUCCAUGUUAA